UUUGAUUGUCCUACAACCUUCAAUUUCUACACAUCUCCUCUCUACCGACCUGGUAAACCUCGUCGCCGGUUAAGACCCCUGAUGGCGUCAACAUCGAGGGCCUUGAGUAGGCUCACUGCUCGCCAGCUGUCUACCCGUACCAAUGCGCCGGCGAUCAGCUUCAGCCCGACGUCAUUCUCCCAGACUUUAAUCGCAAGAACACGGAAUACAGCAGUCGCAUUUCCUCGCCAAUUUGCGCGAUCCUAUUCUGACGCUCCUCCUCCUCCGCCCAAGAAGCCGCGCAGAAUUCGUACUACUUUGAAGUGGUUAUGGCGUGCUACUUAUCUCUCCGUUCUUGCCGGUGUCGGUGCUGUCAUCUAUGAUGGCUACACAGACCGUCAUCCAGAUGAUCAAUUCACUCCGGACCCGAGCAAGAAGACGUUGGUGAUUCUUGGUACUGGCUGGGGCUCAGUCGCUCUACUCAAGAAGCUUGACACAGCCAACUAUAAUGUCAUCGUUAUCUCGCCGCGAAACUACUUCCUCUUCACCCCUCUGCUACCGUCUUGUACCACUGGAAACAUUGAGCACCGCUCUAUCAUGGAACCCAUCCGCCAGAUCCUACGUCACAAGAAAGCUGCUGUCAAAUUCUACGAAGCUGAGGCUACACACAUUGAUGUUGAGAACAAGGUUGUCAAAAUUACCGACAACAGCGACAUCAAGGGUAAAGUUAGCGAGACCAAUGUUCCUUACGAUAUGAUUGUUAUUGGCGUCGGUGCUGAGAAUGCUACCUUCGGCAUCCCCGGUGUCCGCGAGAACAGCUGUUUCUUGAAGGAAAUCAAGGAUGCUCAGUCUAUCCGUACCAAGAUCAUGGAUUGUGUUGAAACUGCUGCAUUCAAGGACCAAGCGCCCGAAGAGGUCGACCGUCUUCUCCACAUGGUAGUUGUUGGUGGUGGCCCUACCGGUGUUGAGUUUGCCGGAGAGCUGCGAGACUUCUUCGAUGAGGAUAUCCAGAAGCUUAUUCCCGAUAUUGCUCCCCGCUUCAAGGUUACUCUAAUCGAGGCCCUACCCAACGUACUACCCAUGUUCAGCAAGCAGCUUAUUGAAUACACCGAGAGCACUUUCAAGGAGGAGCACAUUGACAUCAUGACUAAGACAAUGGUUAAAAGAGUGACCGAUAGGGCGGUCGAAGCCGAAAUCACUGGUCCCGAUGGCAAGAGGUCCCUGGUCACCAUCCCCUUCGGUCUCCUCGUAUGGGCUACCGGCAACACACUCCGCCCAGUGGUUAGAGACCUUAUGUCACAAAUCCCUGCUCAGAAGGAUUCAAGACGUGGCCUCGCUGUGAACGAGUACCUUGUCGUUCAAGGUACAAGGGACGUGUGGGCGGUUGGUGAUUGCGCGGUAGCUGGAUACGCACCCACCGCUCAGGUCGCCUCUCAAGAGGGUGCUUUCCUAGCAAGACUAUUCAACAACAUGGCUCUGACAGAGAAUCUGGAGGAGAAGGUCCGUGAUCUUAGCGCGGGCCUGAACCUUCAGCCCGGUGACACGGCAGCCAAGACGCAGGAGAUCGAAUCUCUCGAGAAGCAGCUACGUCGCAUCAGGGAUAUCAAGCCUUUCCACUACUCGCACCAAGGCAGUUUGGCCUAUAUUGGUAGCGAGAAGGCCGUUGCCGACGUAGCAUGGUUGAACGGCAAUGUCGCCAGUGGUGGCAAGCUGACCUAUCUCUUCUGGAGAAGCGCUUACUUGAGCAUGUGCUUUAGCCCACGCAACCGUGUUCUCGUCGCCCUUGAUUGGGUCAAGGCCAAGGUCUAUGGACGAGACGUCUCCCGAGAAUAGAUGCAUUCACUUUAUCCAGUAGCAUUAUUCGGAUAACGCUUCACCUCGUUCCAUUAGUCUCUCCUGGUUUUCAAAUCAGAGAUACGUAAACCUUUU